UGUCAGGAAAUGUCAGGAAGUGUUACAAGGUGUUAGGACGUGUUAGAAAGUGUUAGGAGGUGCUAGAAGGUGAUAGGAGGUGUUAGGAAGUGUCAGGAUGUGUAAGGAGACAUUAGAAGAUAUUAGGAGAUGUCAGAAGGUGUUAGGUGUUAGGAGGGGAAGUGUUGGGAAGUGUUAGGAGAUAUUAGAAGGUGUUAGGAGAUGUUAGAAGGUUAUGUGAGGUGUUGGGAUGUGCCAAGAGGUUUCUGAAAUCGUUUAGAAUGUGCUAGGAGACAUUAGAAAAUAUUAGGAAAUGUUACGAGAUGUUUGGAGGGUAAGUGUUAGGAGGUUAGGAUGUGUUAGCCGGUGUCACGAGGUAUUACUAGGUGUCAGGAGGUGUGUUAGAAAGUGGUAGGAGGUGUUAGGUGUGUUCGGGAAUAGAUCAUUAAUGGUUGCACGUUAUCUACUUUUCGCCCGAAGUCGACCGUCUCUGUAAAUUAAUCAGUUGUCGAUAGCUGCUCUAUAUUAUACGUUGUGUAUGAUAAUAGUAGCAGACGAUACUGGAAGAUACAUCAGCAAAUGUCAAAAAAUAUGCAAAAUUGAUGCUUACCGAUAAAUUAAAGACAAUCGCUACAAAGGCUGCAAAGUAGUAUCUAUUUAAGAAAAUUUACAAGUAGAUAUGAUAGAUAAUCUUGCUGCCAAGUUAUGUUUGCUUUUGCCAGAAAAAGCACAAUCAGGGGAACAAUGGAAAUUGUUAGGUCAGGAGAAAGAUGGAUCUCUGUUAGUUGGUUGGGUAGAGGAAACAAUCGAAAACAAUAUAUUUGCGUCGUAUACCGUUGUAGGCCGUUACGACCGGAUUAAUGAUAAAUUACAAGUGUUGCACCAAUUCUCAAAAGUAUUGAAUAUCGUACAAGCAUCGAUAAAUCAAAGUCAUACUGUUUUUGGAUAUGUGGCUAAACAGAAAGUUUCCUUGGAUACAAAUUCAGUAGUUGAAGAACCUGACGAUAGUAUAUCGACAGGUGCAGAAAUGUACGAUGCAUACAUAAUUGAAUUACAAGAAAAAGGUGUAAAAAUUCAUAACUUAGAUACAAAGAGAUCCAAACAAGUGCGUAUUCAGUUUUUAUACAGAGAAAAAGAAGAUGGGCACUUGGAUAAAUUUUUGUUAAUGAUACAUCAAGAAUGUAUCCUAAUAUAUACCAUAUCAUUUGAUACAACUGAAUCAGAUUUUUGGCCAAUACAAGAGUUAAAAUCCGAACCGUUGGUAAAAACAUUUAUGUGGGCUCAAUGGGACAUGAUAAAUCAAGUAUUAUAUCAUAUACAUCAUCGACGAAUUCCAGUAAGUUUAGUUUCCGAAGCUGACGACGAUAAGCAAAAUAAAUCCAUUCGAACUAAUCCUACGCUCAGUGGUCUCCAGUUUCACGACGAUUUACCGCAUGAGACAGUGUUGAACAUACCACUGAAUCUACCUCAAUUAUCAACUUCGUCCAACUGUGGAACUUACGAAGACGAUGUUAUACCUUUAAGAGUUCACGAUUGUUCCUUAGAUCUCAUUGUGGUAUCCGACUCUAAAGGAAUGGUGUGUGUUUGUCACCAUUAUUUAUAUCGUCCAGUAAAACCACAGCAGCAUGUACUUAACUCGUUGACCGAAUCUAACACGGUGCAUUUUGCAUAUUCCGUAACGCUUCUUCAUCACAGUUGUGUAAUUCAUUGUGUUAUACCAGGCAUACCGUGGUCGCGCGCUAAACUCAUACGACCGACAUUUGCGAUCUAUGAACAUCAUCACAUGAUUGUUCUCGUGCAAGGUUUAUUUACUCAUCUUCUCGAAAUUGGAACCAAUCACGAACCGUGCUGUCAUAUAUUAUGUGGUCCAUUGACUACAAUUCCAUCGCGCUCUUCUUAUCUGAUACCACUGCUUGAAUUAGAAAAUAAUAACAAAGGAAGUAAAAAAAAAUAUGAUCCAACUUCCUUAGAAGGGAGCAAUGCAUCUCCUCAUUCAAAUACGAACAUACUAACAAUAGAUUUACCUACCUUGGACUUAGUGCAAUUAAAAAUUACCUCAGAUUUCCUCGCUGAAGUGUUUCGUAAAGAAACAUCAACGGAAGUACGUCUAGGAAUAUUACAUUAUUUUCUAUGCCAUAGAAAUGAUGUGGAUAUUAUUUCGGAAUUAGUAUGUACGAUCGCAGAAAAGCCGAGGUCGUUGGAAAUUGUACGGUACAUGCAAGAAGUUCUUAUAGGCGGAUCGUACGCUCUGGUACAAAAGAAUUUGCUAGCAGAUGCAAUACCUCUGCUGUCGUUAAUACCCGUUACAACUAUCGAAGAAUAUACCAGUUUUGAGAUUAAAGUGAAUGAUUUAAGUAUAACAUUGAGUCACGAGAAGCUUUGGAACACAUCGGUUAUGUUACUUUCGCCACAACAAAGAUUAAUUCCUUAUCGUAGCGACUUGUGGACUAGAUUGUGGGAUCAACUUGGUAGAAAUAAUGAAGACAAAACGAGAUUUAAACCAAGCAAAAUUGCAGAAAAAUUGUUAGUUUCUUUAGCAUGCUAUCAACCGGAAGCGCUAUCUAGAUCCAGCACUCCGAUGUCUCCAAGCGGAGGAUUGGUUGUAGCCACAGUAUCGCUCGGAGAUUUAACAGGUGGUCGCGGUAAUAAAUUAUUAGACUCGAGUUUGCCAUUUAACGAGAUGGAGAGCUGCACAGCCUCAAAGCAGGAACACAUUGUGUCGGUAAAUUUAAGGGAAUUAUCUAUGUAUUUGUUGAAGCAUGGUACGCAGACAUCGAUGACGCAUAUCCAAGGAUCGUGUACCCCUCUGCAUGUUCACGCUAUGGCGACAAGAUAUGUUGCCGCACAGUUAGAAACGUCGCGAGCUCUUUGUCAAAUGCUAUGUCGAGCUGCAACUGUAGACCCGCGAAUCGAACAAGAACGUGGCUUUAUUUUGGUGGAUCAACUAGACGAAGCAAGACGAUGGUUAUUAUUUAUAUUAUUGGAGCGCUAUAGGUGUUCAAUAGAAAGUAUAGCAUUCCCGGCACCACAAGGAUUUACAUCGUUUUUCACUUACCUUGGAUACAGGACUCUAAAGUAUUCAAUGUUCUUGCAAUAUGUACAACGAUCGGUAUUCGAAUUGCAAGUGGACGUCAGCAAAAUUAUUAUGGCUGAUAUUAGCGAUACGAAAGAAAACGCUAUUCGUAAAUUAACUUUGUUAUCUUUGCUACCGAGAUCACGAGCCAAGAGACUUCUAAAUCAGUGGUUGCAUCCAGUGAGUUUCAUGAUACGAGCACGUGAACAUGCCGCUAACAUUUUAUGCGGUGAAAUAUGUCAGAAUCGUGGUAGAACAUCGCAGCACAAAAAUCAUCACAACGGUUUGGCUGCAUUUCCUUCUGCGGAUCGAUUAUCUCCGCUAGAUACAUUCCUCGAUCUACUUACAGCAAAAGCUAGUCUAACCGAAUUAGAUUUCGGUCUACUUAUAGAAGCUACAGUGACGUCUACCGAAGACUUUUUAUAGGUAAAUUUAUUGCGAUUAAUGUAAACUAUAAGGAACUGCAACAAUUAUUUAUAAAUUUCUUUUAUAAUCAAAGACAGUAGUGCAAAAUAAUGUUUCAGAUGUGAGAAGUGCCAUUAAUAUUAUCUAAAUACCCAUUAAGUAUAAAUGUGAUUUUAGUUGUACUUUAUAAACUUCCAUGUGUUCCUUUUCUUGAAAAUUAUACAUAUAUGAUAAGUUUGUAUAUACAUGCUCACGACAUAACUUGCAUUUUAUACAACUAAAUGAUUUAAGUGCAAAGUAGUAUUAUUGUUUCAGAGCUUAAAAUAAAUAAGUAUUUCAACAUAUAAUUUUAAAUGUAAACAUUGUUAAUACGUAUGUCAAAGUAUAAUAUAAUCAUUUAAAUGUUUCAAAACCACUUAUACUUUUUAAUUACAUUCAUAAUACUUAUUCAACUCCAUUUAAGGACUGAUUAAUUCGUGAUAUUACAAUUUACGACAUAUUUUAUGGUAACUAUAUUUUUGUUUGAUUGAACUUGAAUUUUUAUUAUUACGUUAUUAUAUAGUUUUAUAUUAUGCGAUGUUAUACAUUGACUUAUAUCAAUCUUAAUUAGGAGUAAUUUUGAUAAGUUUAUAUGCAAUGUAUAUGUUAUGUAACUUGUAUACUUUAAACAGUUUUUAAAUUAUACCGCAAUGUAAACUGAGUUAUUUAAAAUUGUUAAUUCUGUAGAACUAUAAAAUGUAUCAAAAUGAAAAUUUUAAUGUAUGUAUUAAUCAAGAUUGAUGACGCGAACUUUAAAAACUUGUAUCAUGCUUUAUCUUAAUGGUAUUGUAUCGAUAAGAAAAUUACAUAUCAAAAGAUAUGUACAAAAGUAUUAAUUAUCUUUGUGUAGAACAGAAUAUAAAUGUUUCAAAAACA